AUGGCAGCACCCUUACCUCAGGAAGGUGAGGGCAGAAUUAUUGGUGGUUCGCCGGCAGGACAGGGCCAGUUCCCUGCCACAGUAGCCCUCGUCCGAGGUAAUAGUCAGUUCUGUGGCGGUGCCUUGAUUGGCCCGAAACUUGUUCUCACAGCAGCACAUUGUGUUGAUAAAGGGGCUGCUAGCAGCAUUCAGGUUCGCGCAGGAUCUCUGAAUUCCCUUUCGGGCGGCGUAACUGCUCGGGCUGCUAGGAUUGUGGGCCACCGUGGAUGGAAUCAGCCAAGAUUCAACAACGAUGUUGCACUUAUAGUGUUGGAAACCCCCAUUCAAAAGAGCUCAACAAUUAGCUAUGGUUCCCUGGUAACAUCUGCCUCUGAUCCCACCGGUUCAUGUACAUCAGCCGGCUGGGGUCUCACCCGUCCGAAAGGACAACCCUCUCGGCAGUUACUAUUCGUCGAUACCCCGCUCGUUGAUCGUGAAACCUGCAAGCAAUCGUAUGGAUCAAUGCUUACAGAUGGCAUGAUCUGUGCUGGAGGCAGAACCAACGCCGUAUGCAAUGGAGAUAGCGGUUCUCCAUUGUACGACAGCUCGAAACGCAUUGUUGGCAUUGUAUCCUGGGGAUCUGAUUGCGGCUCGAGAGGAUCUCCAGGCGUCUACACCAAAGUCGGCAAGUAUCUGGACUGGAUCAAGCAGAACAGUGGCGGCGCUGGAGGUGGUGAUCAGCCAGAACAGCCCGACCAGCCUGGAAAGCCAGGACAGCCAGGGAAGCCAGGACAGCCAGGGAAGCCAGGACAACCUGGACAACCUGGACAACCUGAGCAACCUGAACAACCUGAACAACCUGGCCAACCCGGACGACCCGGCCAGCCUGGCCAGCCCGGAAGACCCGGACAGCCAGGACGACCCGGCCAACCCGGAAGACCCGGACAGCCAGGACGGCCACAGCCAGAGCAACCUGAGGGACCCGAGCAGCAGCCAGAGCAACCCGGUCGUCCUGGCCGCCCUGACAGCCCCGGCUUCCCUGGCGGCUUCCCCGGUGGCCGCCCUAGUUUCCCUGGCUGGCGCCCUAGUUUCCCUGGUGGCUUCCCUGGCUGGCGCCCUAGUUUCCCUGGUGGCCGCCCAUGGCAGUUCCCUGGAGCUUGGUAG